CUAUUAACUAUCCAUGGGAUAGAUAAAGAUCAUAUCUAUGAAGUUAAAAUUCUAGAGGAUUUGGAAGCUCUUGAACUUUUCAAUAAACAUGCUUUUCUUACAAGUAAGGAAAAAGUGAUAAGGAGGGAUCUUGUGGAUAGUGCUUUGCAUUAUGCUAAUGGACUUCCUUUAGCACUUAAGGUAUUGGGCUAUUUCCUAUGUGGUAGAAGAGAAUAGGAGUGGGAAAGCGCAUUGAAUAAACUUGCUAAAAGUCCUGACAAAACCAUCAAUGGUGUUCUCAAGUUAAGUUACGAUGGGCUAGAGGACUAUGCAAAGGAGAUAUUCCUUGAUAUUGCAUGUUUCUUCAAGGGACGAUCUAUGGAGUACAUCAUGAAAGUCCUUAACAGUUGCGACUUUGACACAACUAUUGGAGUACAAGUUCUUGUUGAGAAGUCCUUAAUAACUAAAGAACGGGAGACAAUACAAAUGCAUGACUUGAUUCAGUUGAUUGGCAUGGAUAUUGUUAAACAAGAAUGUCGCAAUGAUCCUGGAAGACGCAGCAGGUUAUGGCUUUGUGAAGAUGUUCGUGAUGUUCUAUCAGGGGAAAUGGGAACAAAUGCAGUAAAAGCCAUAGUUUUGGUUUUACCCAAGACAAAAGCAAUAGACAUAGGUCCCGAUGCUUUCACAAACAUGAGAAGAUUGAGGUUGGUCAUCAUGAUUAAUGUGCAUAACUCUUUCCAAGGUCCUAUCAGUCUUCCUAAUGAACUGAGAUGGUUUGAAUGGCCUGAAUGUCCUUGGUUUCCCGAAUUUUCCUCUUGUCCAAAUAAGUUGGUUGGGCUUGAUCUGCACAAAACCAACAUCCAAGUCGUGAGGGAGCAAUUCAAGGACUUUGGAAAAUUGAAGUACCUUAAUUUCAGUGAAUGUCCAUCGGUGGUUUGUAUUCCGGACCUCAAUUUGACUCCAAAUCUCAAGGAACUGGAUCUCCAUGGAUGCAAACAUUUGGAGCGUGCUCAUGAAUCAGUUCCAUAUCACACCAAGUUACGAUUGUUGAAUUUAAAAGGGUGCUCUAACCUUCAUCAGCUCCCUAAUGUGCUCCAAUCCAAGAAUCUUGAAAUUCUCAAUCUUACUGGUUGCUCAAAGUUGCAAAGAUUCCCUGAUAUUCCGGAUAAAAUCGAAGGCUUGGAAGAACUUUAUUUAAAAGGGACUUCAAUUGAGGAACUUCCUACUUCCAUAGAAAAUCUUGUCUCUUUGGAGAACUUGAGUUUAAUUAAUUGCAAGAAACUAGCAAACCUCCCAUCUACCAUUUACAAGUUGCCAAAUCUUGAGAGCUUGAUACUUCAUGGUUGUUCAAAACUAAUCAAGUUUCCAAAGGAGGGGGAUUUUAGUGUUCUGCAUGGCAAGACGGGAUUUCCUAAGCUACAGUUCUUAGGGCUUGAAGGAUGCAAUCUACUAGAAGUAGAGUUCCUAGAGAAUAAUUCAUGUUUUCCGUACUUAACAGAAUUGUAUUUGUCCAAACAAAAUUUUGCUAAGCUUCCAACAUGCAGGCGGCUACAUAAUUUACGCGCAUUGGUUGUUUCAGAAUGCCGACAGCUACAAGAGAUUGAGAAGCUAUGGGGCGUAGACCCUUUUGGUCCAAAUGACUCGAGUUCUUUCCAGUUUGGUGUUAGAGAAUCGGGUGGUGCUAUUGUAAAAAAGUGCGGAUUUCGAUUACUAUGCAAGCCGCUAGAGGAUGAUUUGGAGACUUUGUAUCAAGAUGACCAGUUGCUAGAUCCAGCUUUGCUCUAUGAGAUUUGGCAUGACAAUAAAGAAACGACCACAGAGGAAGAAAGUUCAGCCCAUCUCUCACUUCGGCGGUGGCUGGGCCAUGAAGAUAACAGCAUAACAAGGUCAGAGGAAGACCGUGAAAGUGAAAUAGAAGAAUACGACGCUAACUGGGAUGUAUCCGAACCCGCCGAUAUCAUGGCUGACUUUUCAGUUGAGAAGUAUCGCUAUUCUGGAACUCGUACUUCCUACAAAAAUAUUAUUCCCAGAGGAGAUAUGCGAGAGGAGUUUGUCUCUAUUGAAGGUGGUACCAUAUCUUUCAUGGUUUCACAGGACUUUUAUGAUAAGUUCUUGGGAUUGUAUCUCAAACCAAAUGUGUUGUGGGGAAUGUUGGAGGGAGCAGUUGAUUUUCUUGAAUUUGAUGAGGAUUACUUACGAUUUAGCCUUACACUCAUAGUGUCGGGUGGAACCAUGGAAAAGUUGGGAUAUGUGCUAAGAUGCAAGCAACUGGAUGAUGAAUUGAAGGCUGUGCUUGAAGACAAUCAAUUAGUAGAUCCAGCUUCACUUUGUGAAUUAGAGUAUAGAGUUCUUACGCAAGUUUCUCCCGCAGUCAAAUGGAGGAACUGGAGGCAUAUGAAAGAUCAAUCGGGAAGAGGCAAGUGGAGUAGUAUUGGCUCGCAGCUCUUAAGGAAGCUGUCAUUAAGAAGCCAGCGAGACAAAUUAGGAACUGGACAUCUGUCUUGUUGA